GCUCCAUUCUUACAUAUCCCAGCUUGUACUGAUAGCAGGAGUUGUCACAGCCCAGGUGCAAAAGAUGUUGCACUUGGAUUUAUUGAACAUCAGGAGAUUCUUCUGAGCCCAGUGCUCAGGCCUUUCUGGAUGGCAUCCUGUUUAUCAGUGUGUUGACUACACCACACAGCUUGGUGUCAUCUGCAAACAUACUGAGGGUGCACUCCUUGUACUGAAGUUUUUGCAGCUGUUAAAAAAAAAAACACCAGAUGAUUUCUGAAGUCUGUAACAAAAUGAGAGGAAUGGUCAGGCAUUGCUUUGUUUUCCAUUCGAUGUACUGCAGAAAAGCCUCACUGGUGCCUUUAUUUUUUGCCUUUUUUUCUGCAAGCUUUUGUCAACAUCUGUGAAAAAAAAUCUCAUGAUCAGUGUUUCUACCAGAUAGUCUGGUGAAAUGUCUACCAUAAACUGCACGUUCCAAACAAUUCAUGCUGCAUAGGUGCACAGCUGUAUGUAAGAACUCUUACUCGUUUUGACAACUGGAAAAAAACCCAGCUCAUUAUGAUUAUGCCACCCUAAAUUUGUUUGUGUAAAACUGAAAAAGGCAAUACAUACUUAGAAUGCCUGAUAAAAUAGGUGUAUAAUUAAGGUCCUGUUUCAACUUUGGGGCAUGGCUGAAUGUGGAAUUCAAGUUUAGAGAGAGCAAGCCCUUUCUGCUUUUAGGUUAUAGAAAUAAUACUGGUGCUUCAUCCAUAUAAAAGCAAGUAACCAUCUGGAUUACUUGCAUGAAAUGAUCAUUGGAAAACUUGUCUGAGAAAGACACACAGUUUGGGGUUAGCUGUAUGAGAAGCAAGUUGCAUGUAUCCUGGGAAGGAUUUUCAAGGCUGGGAUAAAACAUACUGCCAAGUACAGUACUGUGUGCUUUGUCCCAUGCCGUGAUGAAUAUUGUGCACAGUAAUCUUGUACUGUAUGGUUAAAGCUUGUGAAACUUGGCAGACAUUGGGAUGGCUGUUAUGGGCAUUGCACGGAUCACCACUUCAUUCACUGGGUGACUGAGAAUGAUUUCCUUUUGUGUGAUGAAACUUCUAUGUCAAACGACCAGAAAUGAGAGUAGAUACGCAAAAAGAUUCUGUGGUACUCUCCUGUCACAGACAGUGCAAAAAGGAGUUUUCCCUCCAUUCUGGAUGGCGGUACCCGAUCCCAGAAAGACAAACGUGCUUGUAUUUACUCAGCCAUUUUGUACAGCUGAAAAAUCUCGCAAAGAUCCAAAAAGGAAAGCAGCAUUUGGAAGCGUUGGGCGAAGAAUUCCGUAUCGGAUUUUGCACGUAAUCAACCAGGAUGGAGAGAGCUUAGGAGAUAUGCACCGAGCAGAGGCACUCAGGCUGAUGGAUGAACAUGACCUGAAACUGGUUCUGCUUCGUGAGAACGCAGAACCUCCUGUGUACAGACUGAUGACCGGGCAGCAGAUUCAUGAAGAGAAGCUGAAGCGUGCAGAGAAAGAAAAAGCAAGUUCAAAAACAGUGCUGGUUCAGAAGGAGUUAUCCUUUUCUUCAGCUAUUGCCAAGAAUGACUUGGAGACCAAGAUUAAACAGAUAACACACUGGAUUGAAAAGAAAUACCAUGUUAAAGUCACUAUCAGACAGGCAAAAGAUAGCAAUACAGACACGUUCACGCUUUUUGAUCAGAUUUUGGAGACUAUGUCUGACAAAGCCACUUAUCUUUCCAAGCCGAAAGCUAUUAAGGAAGGAACGAGUAUGUGCAUUCUGAGACACAUAUCUGACAAAGAGUUGAAAGCACACCAGAAGAUGGAAAAACAGAAAAACAGUACGGUAAAGAAAGAUGAAAAUGAAGAGCCAAAGUCAAGUGAGUUGUGCUAAUGACUUUAUGAGGAGGUAUAAACAAUAUUAUUACAAAAAGGACUAUAAAAUAAAGGUAUUUGCUGGGC